AUGGCUAGAUGCACGUCAACCGCCCCUCCCACUGCACGCCCUCCUGCCCUAGCUAUCGACGUGGACGACAAGAGCUGGGAUGAGCUGGUGCUGAAGAGCAAGGUGCCCGUGCUGGUCGACUUCUGGGCCCCCUGGUGCGGCCCCUGCCGCAUGAUCGAGCCCAUUGUUAACGAGCUCGCGGGUGACUACGCUGGGAAGAUCCUCUGCGUCAAGGUGAACACCGAUGAGUCGCCGAACACCGCCACCGGCUACGGCAUCCGCAGCAUCCCCACUGUUCUGUUCUUCAAGAAUGGGCAGAAGCUGGACACCAUCAUUGGUGCCGUGCCCAAGGCCACGUUGGUCCAGACCAUCGAGAAGGCCCCUGCUUGA